GGGGGGAGUCUGGCAUGGAGGCGCCGCCCGCUCCCCCCGCCGUGCCGCCGGCUCCCUGCAGCGCCGCCCGCAGCCUGCAGGACGAGCUGACGUGCCCGGUGUGCUUGGAGUACUUCACCGACCCGGUGCUGGUGGCCGAGUGCGGCCACAACUUCUGCCGGGCCUGCGUGACCCAGUGCUGGGAGGACUCGGCGCGGCGCCUCUGCUGCCCGCAAUGCCGGGAACCGGUGCCGCAGCGGCUCUUCCGCCCCAACCGCUCCCUCGGCAACAUCGUCCACAUCGUCCGCCAGCUUGGGCUGCCUCCCGGCCCCGCCGAGCCGCCACCGGGGCCUCCCGCCCCCUCUCCGCCUCUGCCUGCAGCUGCCCCGCCGGGCCCCCCCGGGCCUCCGCGGUGUCCCCGGCACGGUGAACCCCUGCGGCUCUUCUGCGUGCAGGACCGCCGGGCCGUCUGCGUGGUGUGCCACCUUUCCCGGGAGCACCGCACCCACACCGUGCUGCCCGCCGAGGAGGCGGCGCACGCCGCGGAGAUCUCUUCUGCCUUCCAGGAGGUGCCGCAGGAACACUUGAGCUCCCUGCGAAAAGGCCGCGAGGAAGCCAAGGCCGAGAGGGAGAGGCAGAGCGAAGACUUGCUGAAGCAGACGGAAGUGGAGAGGCAGAAGAUCGUGGCCGAGUGCAAGGAGCUGCGAGGCUUCCUGGAGGAGAAGGAGCAGCUCCUGCUGUCCCGCCUGGAGGAGCUAGACAGAGACAUCGUCAAGAGGAGAGACGAGAGCGUCUCCAGGCUCUCCGAGGAGAUCGCCCAGCUCGAUAAGCUGCUGGGGGAGCAGGGAGGAGAGAACGGCCCAGGGAACCAGCCCGGGCAGGUUGUCACCACGGCUGGAAGCAGCUUCGAGAGCUGGAUGUUCUGCAAGCCGGAGGCCGGCUUUGCCGAGCUGGAGAAGAAACUCAAGAGCUUUUCCCAGAAGAGCGCGGUGCUGAAAGAAGUCUUGCUGGAGUUCAAGGAGAACCUUCGGUUUGAGUUGGAGAACGAUACAGGUGAUCUCUCUCUGGAUCCGGACACGGCCAACCCCUACCUGGUGCUGUCGGAGGACAAGAGGAGCGUGCGGCUCCGGAGUGCCCCCCAGGAGCUGCCGGCCAACCCCAAGAGAUUCGAUUACUCCUUCUGCGUGCUGGCGGCCGAGGGUUUCGUGGCUGGGAGGCAUUACUGGGAGGUGGAGGUGGGCGACGGGGAGAGCUGGGUGCUGGGGGCGGCCCGCGAGUCGGUGCGAAGGAAGGAGAAAAUCGACUUCGCUCCCGAGGAGGGGAUCUGGGCGGUGGGGCUGAACUGGAAGGGGAAGAAUUGGGAUCAGUACCAGGCUUUCACCUCCCCGGAGACGCCCCUGUCCCUGUGCGAGAGGCCCAGGAAGAUCGGGGUGUACCUGGACUACGAAGGCGGCUGGGUGGCGUUCUACAACGCCGAUAACAUGGCUCCCAUCUUCACCUUCACGGCCGCUUUCACCGAGAAGAUCUUCCCUUUCUUCUGGCUCUUCUAUGUGGGCUCCUCGCUCUCCCUUUGCAAUUGACCCCUCUGGUUUCUUUCUUCCCCCUCCCCGAGGUGACCUGCAAGUAGUGCCCCCGAUCCCCUUCCCUUUUCCCCCCCCCCCCUUGCUUUCAGACAAAAGCCCCGAAACUCGUCCGUGUUCCUAGUUCAGCUUUGGGGUUUCGUUCUUUUUUUUUUUUUUUCCUCGUUCUUGCAUUUUAAAA